UGUGCGUGUGCACAUGCGUAUACAUGCGCGUGUGGUGAGGAGAGAAGUCAUUUUUCCCAUGUGUGAGCACACUAACUGCUCAGCUGAUCAGCUGUGUGACAGUGACUGUGAGGAGAACAGUUCUCUUUUUCACUCUGAAGCAAGGACUCUGCAUACACCAUCAACAAUCCGCACAAAAGAUGGCAUUUUUUAACAGAUGGGCUGGCUUCACUCAUGCUUUCAGGCAAGGUCCUUGCCGGAGGAUAAAACCGGCCCUAUGCUAUUUCUGGGAUGCAUACUCGAAGCCUGCACCAGAGACCUUCAGGGAAGGCCUGACCCUCCUGUGCCUGUGUUCCAUUGUGGCCAUGGUUACAGGCGGCUUUCUCUUCCACUGGAUGUCACAGUGCCUGAGAUAUGACCAGCUGGCGUCGGCCACAGUGGCCGGCUUCUAUGCCGUGGCAGCUUUUCUCCUCCUGUCCCUGGUUCACCCCCUUCGCUGCACUCUCGCCCUGAUCCUGCCCUCCCUCGGAUCCAAACAGGGGCGCAAGCUGAUCAUUUCCACCUCCAUGAUGCUCCUGGCGCUCAACGUCAUUCCCAACAUCGCCUCCAACGUGGGCGUAGUGGCGCACGUCCUGAAAUGCACCGCUAGCGGCCUGGCCCAAAGUCUUAUCAACUCUUCGGAGCUUGUCAAUACAGCGAAAGGGGACCUCGUCAAGGAGGCGAGGAAAGCCGAUUUUUCAGUGCACAGGCUUUUGACGGAAUUUGAUCACGACACGAACAUUAACGUGUCCCAAGUCAAACAGAGGUUUGUGGUCGUCAGUCAGCAAAUAGAAAAUGACAUUUCCCACAUAAAAAGAGUCGUUGAGGACAUACGACUAGUGGCAAACAGGCUUCUUGCUGCGUUUUUUGUCAUUUACCUAUUUGUUGAAUCAGCCUUGUACUUAAACACAUACCUAACCAAUGUAAAGUUUGACAACAUAUACAUUACUGGGCAACUGGUGCACAUGGCACGCGAAAAUGGAAUUGAAAUACUUCCUAGUGAUAUGAAAAACAUGGUAUAUUCAACAAGCUAUAAAAUUUCUAAACAGGAAUUUUUGAAAUGUGUACUGCGGCUGGCGGGAGUAUCGUUGUACUUUGUUGUCAUGGUUUUUAUUGUAGUUAUGGAUCAUGCGGUUUGUCAUCUAGUUAAAGCAGGUCAACCCUUGCUUUUGGACCAACCAUCCUCGUCAAUCUCCAUCACUAUAAACUACAAGGUGCAGCUCUUCAUCCCCAGCACCUGCAUAGUGUUCUGCCUUAGGACAAACAAAGUGAACUUUACGAAGGACUACGGCUGGAACUUUGGCUUCAUGUCAGAGCGUUGCACUCUAGAGCCGUCCGAGCCCGAUGCAGGGGUGACUGUCGCCCUGGGGCUGCUCUACCUGCUGGCUUACUCUAUGGUGCUACUGGAGGUCUACGUCAGGAGGGCCCGCAGGAAGGUCUCCGCCUCCUUCUUCCCCACGCAGGAGAGGAAAAGGACGGAGUUCAUUUUUAAGAAAAUACUGACCAGACAGGAGAAACAGAAGGGUGGCAUUUUCUUCAUAGAGACCACGCAAGGGAGUGGCUUUUGCAAACCUGAAACUUCAGGUUCAAGUUAAAUGUGAAAUCCGAGGAAGCAGGCGGAGCGAGGUGGGCAAAGCAUACUGAAAUAUAUCUUGUGACAAAAUACAGGUUACCUUUCAGAAAUGUAUCUGCAUAUUAUAAUCAAAGUUGUGGAGGCAUAGGUUACUUUGCUAGUGGCACAAUACAAAAAGGCUGUGAGCAACUAAUAUGAUAUAUGAAAUACAUCCAAGCAAAUACAUAUACCAAACCUUGGUAGUGGAAACAUGGGCUGCGUCCAAAUCAGAACCCUAUCUACUGUGCCCUGUGUUACUAUGUAGCCUACUAUGUACUAGCAUACUGUGAUCCUUUAAUUGCAUACUGUUCAGUGCGCAACAUGCAGUAUGCAAAAAAUAUCCCUCAUACUAUUUGUGACAGGAGCCACUGAACCCAGGCAUAAGUUGCACGAGGUGAUUCUCCAGAAAUCGCGUUUUAGUUGAAAACACUUUUUUCACCAAAAUUCGGUUUCUUUGCAGAAAUGACUUCUUAAACAUGUAGCCUAUACUUUAUAAUACCUUAAUAUCAAACUCGUAUUUUAUCGGUAAACAUGAGAAAAAGUUAAAUAAUUAAACUCUCUUUCUCUCUCUGUCUGCUUGUUGCGAGGGGGCAGGACAAUGGGCGGGACAUCCAUAUUAAUUACCAUUCCGCAUGACAUUCCUGCAUAAGUAGUCAGGAAAUACCUUGUGCUGUUUAGAAUCUAGUCUACUUUUUUUACGAGUGAUUACCAGUGUCGUGGGAGAUUCUAUCAUGUGUGACAACGCUGGUAACAUGGCUAAUGCUCUCCGCCAAAUUACAGAGCUGAAUUUAGAUAGUGCCAGUGACAAGAACGAAUGGAUUGACAUGGUAAAAGUAAAUGAAGUAAAGGGAUACCUCGGCCUUUUAACAGUUCUAAAAUCAAUGCGCUACAAAAUCCAGCAUUCUAAGUUAAAACAACAACAUUAUUCUUUCGAUUUUGAAUUGUUGUUACGUCCCCUCCCUUUUUCAGUGUCCAAUUUCGCAAUUGAUGGCAACGUUGAAUCACGGUUCUAGUUAGUGGCUUCAUUUAGGGUUGCCAACCAUCGCGCAAAACACUGAAUCGUCUCUUAUUUGGACGUUAGAAUAGGCGUUCCGUAUUUAACUCAUGGCUACGGGACGCAUUAUCUUUGUUAACGACUGCGUUUAUAUUAACCGCUGUUUUUAAUAUAAUUCAUUAGUUAGUUAGCUAGCUAGCUAACCGGGAUAAAAUGCAUGCCGUGAGACGAUUUUCAGCUAAAACCCAGCUGAAUUUUAAUAUUGGCUAGGUAACAAGUGCGGCGAACCUAUCAUAAAACUAGUUGGCAUUCAAAUCCGGUUUCAGGGGGUCUUGGAAAAAACGCUGUACAGUGCAUGACCGCGCGAUUUUAAAAAGCAAGACAGAGCUAUUGAGAUGAAUUUGAUUGAGUUAUGGUAUGGGUCCACUUCUCUUAUUUCCGAAUGCGUGCUAGGCGUUUUGAUGCCUUGCUGAAACGAGUAGCACCAUUCAUCAAACAUGCGGGAACUCACAGAAAUCCCAUCUGUACAGAAGAUAACAUCUUAACAUGUUAGCGUUUCGCCUACUUUAGUUAACCUAGUUAGCGCGUACGGAUGCUAUCCUGCACGCAAGAGUAGAAGCUACGGACACACAGCUACAACCCGCGUUGAGGCUUGAGGACAGUGCCAGUUGGAAUUUGAAGCAAACCACACAAUUCCUUCAGGAAUUGUAACCUUUCUAGUUGCCCGUCGUGGUUUAUUCCUUACGUAUUCCAUGCAUUCAACAUCAGAUAGGUAGAAUAUACCACCACAAUGCAUUAUGUGUAAUUUGGUAUCUAUUUAAGCUCUAGUAGCUACAUUUCCCAGUAGUUUGUGGUAGCUUAAUUACUUUCAGAAUGAUGUACAGUACUAUUCUUUUCACUGGUGAGUAGUAGGACAUCAGCUAUUGACAGCUUGUCAAAGGCAUCAUUGUUAUUCAAGAGAGGGGUGUGACUAAGGCUGAAUAAAUUAAUUCAGAUUUCCCAACUUCUGCUUUCAACCUACAUUAAAGUUGAUUUCUAAGCAGUUUAAAUAUUUGUAUUCCAUGCAUUCAACAUCAAAUAGGUAGAAUAUACCACCCCAAUGCAUUAUGUGUAAUUUGGUGUAACUGGUAUCUAUUUAAACACAUGGUUGCUAAGGAAAUAUGUCACAAAACUGUGGGAAUCCCUUGUCAAUCUUUGGAAGUGAAAAUCUCUGGUUUUCUGGCAGCCCAUCCAGCAUAAAUAUCUAACUUCAAAAUAGCACAACUUCCUCAGUAAUUUUCCAAUCUCCAUGUAUGAUACAUCUAUUUGAAGCUCUGUUUCUCAGCUUGCAUAUGGUAUAAAAAAACUCUAAAUCAACUUUCCUGCACUUAAGCCCGGUUUUCUGGCUCCUGUCACAUUUUUCAACCAUACUGUGGAAAUGUUAAGAUGUCCCGCCCUUGCUCACUUUUCGUUGUUGUUGAAGGAAGAAGUUUUUAAAGUGAAGCUGCGCAUCAUAAUUAUGGCACCAAAAUGUUUAAGUACUUCCUGAAAAGUAUGUUCUGAAAUGUACUCAGAGAAAACCCAGAAAUAAGUAUAUCUUUUGGGGAUUUUAUGUAUACCACAUUUACAGAAAUUUUCACAUACUUAACUUUCUCAUCCAGUGUACUCAACAAUGCAAUAGUAUGGCAGGGCACUGAUUUGGACGCAACAAAUGUCUUUAUCCUUGUCAAACCAAAGCCAAAGUAAAACUUAAAAAUGCUGUAUACUUCACUUAAGGUAAUGAAUAUACUGUAUGUAUGAAUUCCCUUUUCUUACACAAAAUGAUGUGCUCCUCAGCAACUGAAAAUAAAAUAUUGUACAAGGGAACUU